AUGCUCAAGACUCUCAUCCCCCGAAGUGGCCGAUCGUUGCUGUCAACGAAAGCUCCGCAGCUAGGCCCUGCGAACCUCCGAGCAGCCCCCGGCUUCCAGAUCGUCUCGCAGAACCAACCGAGGCGGAGAGGAUAUGCUUCAGAAGCACCGGAAUAUGAUGUCCUUUUCAUUGGUGGCGGCGUCGCCGGCUAUGUCGGCGCAAUAAAAGCUGGCCAGGAAGGUUUAAAGACAGCAUGUAUCGAAAAGAGAGGAAUGCUCGGUGGCACAUGUCUUAAUGUCGGCUGUAUACCGUCGAAAUCUCUACUCAACAACUCGCACCUCUACCACCAGAUCCUGCAUGACACGAAAAAAAGAGGCAUCGAUGUCGGCGAAGUCAAACUCAACCUCACCCAGAUGAUGAAGGCCAAGGAUGAAUCAGUGUCCGGGCUGACGAAAGGUGUCGAGUUUCUGUUCAAGAAAAACAAGGUCGAUUAUAUCAAGGGUACUGGUGCGUUCGUGGAUGAACACACGGUCGCAGUCAACCUCAUCGAUGGCGGCGAGACCCAAGUCCGGGCAAAGAAUAUCAUCAUUGCCACUGGUAGCGAGUCCACACCCUUCCCUGGGCUCGAGAUCGACGAGAAGAAAGUGGUCACCAGCACUGGCGCAAUUGCUCUGACAGAAGUGCCGAAGAAGAUGGUGGUCAUUGGCGGCGGUAUCAUUGGUCUGGAAAUGGCCUCUGUAUGGUCUCGUCUCGGCGCUGAAGUCACCGUCGUCGAAUUCCUAGGACAAAUUGGCGGACCCGGCAUGGACGCCGACAUUGCCAAACAAGCCCAAAAGGUCCUAACGAAGCAAGGCCUCAAGUUCAAGCUGAACACAAAAGUCACUUCGGGCGACCCCAGCGGCUCCGGUGUCAAGAUCGAGGUUGAAGCCGCAAAGGGUGGCAAGAACGAGACGUUGGACGCCGACGUCGUCCUCGUCGCCAUUGGCCGUCGACCAUACACCGCCGGCUUGGGCCUCGAGAACAUCGGUAUCGAGGUGGACGAGCGCAAGCGCCUGGUCAUUGAUCAAGAAUACCGCACCAAGAUCCCUCACAUCCGCUGCAUCGGCGACGUGACCUUCGGCCCCAUGCUCGCCCACAAGGCCGAGGAAGAAGCCGUCGCGGCGGUCGAGUACAUCAAAAAGGGCUUCGGACACGUCAACUACGGCGCCAUCCCUUCGGUCAUGUACACGCACCCGGAGGUCGCGUGGGUGGGCCAGAACGAGCAGGAGCUCAAGUCCCAGAAGAUCAACUACAAGGUCGGCACCUUCCCCUUCACGGCCAACUCGCGGGCAAAGACCAACCUGGAGACGGACGGAAUUGUCAAAUUCCUAAGCGACGCCGAGACAGAUCGCAUCCUGGGCGUGCAUAUCAUCGGGCCGAACGCGGGGGAGAUGAUCGCCGAGGCCACGCUGGCCCUCGAGUAUGGUGCCUCGAGUGAGGACGUGGCCAGGACGUGCCAUGCACAUCCGACGCUGGCGGAGGCGUUCAAGGAGGCCGCCAUGGCGACGUAUAGCCAGCCUAUUCACUUCUAG